AUGGCAUCUGCCCUUCCCUCUUCAGUCCUAGUUUCUCUAUCCCGUUUUCUCUUUACCUUCUCUCCCAAACCCCUCACCACUUCUCUCGUCCCCCCACCAUACUCUAACCUCGUCGAUUUCUCUACCCUCGUCGAUUUCCCCGUAUCCACCGCUCCUCCACCCAUCGGGAUCCGCGAGCAGGUCUAUCAAGUCCUCGAAAUCCUCCCAAACGGCGCAACCUCCCCCAAAUCCGUCUGCCGCCGGCAGCUCCUCAAAUGGAGCGGCCUCCGCCUCCGAGACCUACGCAGCGUGGAUCCCUCUCUCUUUCUCAUUAACUCUUCCCCAUCCCUACUCGUCCGCGACCAUGCUCUUCUCCUCAACUUCGGCUCCCUCCGUGCCAUCGCCAUGCCUGAUCGCGUCUUCCUAUUCGACCACUACCGUCGAGGCGCAUCCGCCUUCCUUCGCUUCUUACUCCCUCGCCUGUCAGGCGCCGCCAUGCCCUUCGAGCUCGAGGUCAUCGAAGCCGCCCUGAUCUCCCGGAUCCAGCGUCUCGAGCACAGCCUCAUUGCCGUGAAGCCUCGCGUUGCCCAGCUGCUCGACCUGUUGCCCAACCGACUCACUGCGGACGUCCUCGAGGAGCUUCGCCUCAGCAAACAGACCCUCGUCGAGCUCGGAUCCCGAGCAGGCGCGCUCAAGCAGAUGCUGCUCGAUCUGCUAGAGGAUCCGCAGGAGAUCCGCCGCAUCUGCCUCAUGGGGCGGACCGGAUGCGUGCUGCGCAGGGGAGAUGACGCUAGGAUCGAGUGCGAAGCGGCGGCGGAGAGGCAGGUGGCUGAGGAGGAGGAAGAGGAGAUUGAGGUACUGCUCGAGAACUAUCUCCAGCGAUGCGAGUCAUGUCAUGGCCAGGCGGAGCGGUUGCUGGAUUCCGCAAGGGAGAUGGAUGAUUCGAUGGCAGUUAGUUUGAGCUCGAGGAGCUUGGAGGUGAGCAGGGUGGAGCUGUUGCUCCAGGUGGGGACGUUCUGCGUGGCUGUCGGUGCACUCGUGGCAGGCAUUUUUGGGAUGAAUUUGAAGUCGUACCUGGAGGAGCAUAUCUUCGCCUUUUGGCUGACGACGGCAGGGAUUUUGGUCGGUGCCGUGGCAGCCUUCUUUAUCAUGUAUUACUAUUUGAGAGCGAGGAAGAUUUUAUAGCUAUGGCUGGAAAGAAGCGUGCUGCUUUUGAAUGUUUUUAUUCCCUGGUACAACUUUGUCUCCUGCUCUGUGGUUGUUUUUUUCACCCUCUUCUACGACUCAAUUGCUUCCUCUUUGGCUAAGAGAAAGUGGGUCUUACAUGUACCAAACAGCAGUUUUGAAGCUCAAAUUUUAUGUUUCAGAGAUCUACAAAAUUCUGAUAUAGCUCAGCGUGAAAGCGUAGGCAUGGAGAAUUCAAAGCCAUGAGAUCUACCUUCCAUCUUUAAUAGUCUGAGCAGUGAAGCCUAGGAAUGGGAAUGCUUUCCUGUUGUUUAACCUCCCAAACAAAAAGAAAGACUCAUACAGCUUACAUUGAAGUUUAAGAGGCUCUUACAAAAUGGAUAAAAUAAAGCUUCCAUUUUAUGAAAAUGUUGACUGCUGCGUGAAACCUGCAAAGUGAAAUUUUGUGUCGGAAAAAAAUUGCGUAUGUUUUGGAGGUUAUACAGAGGGUAUAAGGGGGUUAUAUCCGCGUUAUACCCCUUUGUAACAUCCAUGUAACCUUCUGUAACCUACAAAUAAUUUCCGCGCUUCUGUUUUCAUAUAUUAAGAACCUAUUUGUAGGUUACAGAAGGUUACAUAGAGGUUACAAGGGGUAUAACGCGGAUAUAACUUCUUUAUACCCCUUAUAUAACCUCCAAAAUGUACACUACGCAUGAAGCUAACACACACUGGAAGUCAUGUGCUUAAGUAUUCUUGUUAAUUUAUGUCACAACAAUUUGUUAUUUUUUAUUCAAUUUAGUAUGAUU